GUUCAGUGAAUGCAGUCAACACUUAACGCAUAUAAAGCACGUGUUGUCAGUAUUUUGGUUUUGAGAGGCAUUUAAAUGUUUGGUGAACUCAUUGCUAUCACCAGUGAAUCCAAUUAAUAGUCUACGAAAUGGCCAAAAGGAAGAGACCAUCGAAAGGAUCAGUUGGUGGACAGACACCAAAGGAUGCCGACGAGUCAAAUGUGGUGGUCUUGGAUGCGGUCCGCUAUUCAGAUGAACCCAUUGCCAAGAAAACCAAAUGGAUUAACAAACAACGAGUGCUUGUGUUGGCCACCCGUGGCAUCACUUAUAGGGAAAGACAUUUCAUGAAUAACUUGAAGCAAUUGCUGCCGCACUGCAAAUCAGAGCCGAAGAUGGAGUCGAAGGACUCGACUCUUGUGGUGAACGAGAUCUGCGAAGUGAAGAACUGUAAUAAAUGCAUAUUCUUGGAGAACCGCAAACGAAAAGACCUCUACAUGUGGUUAUCAAAUGUGCCAAACGGACCGUCCGUUAAGUUUUUGGUGGAAAACCUCCAUACGAUGCAAGAAAUGCGAAUGACUGGCAAUUGUCUCAAAGGCUCGCGACCUCUCCUGUCAUUUGAUCCCAUGUUUGACAAACUCAUCCACUAUUCGCUUCUGAAGGAGCUCUUAGUGCAGAUAUUUGGAGUUCCAAACCAUCACCCGAAGAGUCAGCCCUUCUAUGACCACGUCUUGACAUUCAAUAUUCUGGAGAACAAGAUAUGGUUCCGAAACUAUCAGAUCGUGGAGGAAGACGGGUCUCUGGCAGAGAUCGGCCCGCGUUUCGUCUUAAAUCCCAUCAAAAUAUUCGACUCGAGUUUCGGGGGUCGUGUCCUCUACAGUAAUCCCCAUUACGUGUCCCCUAAUCGACACCGACGAGAGCUGAGGAAUGAUGUGUCCGACAAAUACAAAGACCGGAUCUCCUCCAAGAAGAACAAAGAGUUGAGAGAACCGAAGGGAACGGCUUAUGGUGACGUCGAUCAGUACGACGAUGUGUUCAAUACGAUCGCACCGGAAGAGGCGAAAGGAAAGGCGAAGAAUGUGUUUCACAGGAAUAAGAGUUAAACCAUUAAUUAAGACAUAGAUUUCAAUCAAAAAUUCAUUUAUUUUGAAAUAAAGAAAAACGAUUUUUCGUCAUUAA